UUGACGGGGAGUGCGCCUCCAGUCGCGUUUGAUUGGUUCCUGUCCGCACCCGCUCCGCCCCCCGGCCCUCCCUUUUCCUCUCCGCGGCGUAAUGGCUGCUCCCAGGACCCAGGAGGCUGCUCCGGGAGGGGAGGAGGACGGUGACCGCGAUCGCGGCGGAGCCGGGCUUGUCAGUAGCGAGGACAGCAAGGACUGCAUCCUGGACGCUCUUUCCCUGCCGGACAGCCCCGGUGGCUCCCGCUCCUUGGAAGAGGCGCCGGCCGUGCCUUGUGUCUUCUGUGAAGAGCACUUUCCUGUGGCUCAGCAAGACCAGCUCCUGAAGCACAUGAUCAUCGAGCACAAAGUCGUCAUCGCUGACGUCAAGCUGGUUGCUGACUUCCCAAGAUACAUUUUGUAUUGGAGGAAGAGGUUCUCGGAGCAGCCUGUCACAGACUUCUGCAGUGUGAUAAGAAUCAACUCCACGGCCCCCCCAGAAGAACAGGACCAUUAUUUUUUGUUAUGCGACGUUUUGCCAGAAGACAGAGUGCUUAGGGAGGAGCUUCAGAGACGGAAACUGACAGCGAUUCUGGAGCAGCAGCAGCGGGAACGAGAGGACACCAGCUUCCGUGGCGCGUGCAUGUUUUGCAAUGAGGAAUUCUCCGGGAACAGGUCUGUUCUUCUGAACCACAUGAGCAGAGAGCACGCUUUCAACAUCGGCCUGCCUGACAACAUCGUGAACUGCAGGGAGUUUCUGCGCACGCUACAGAGAAAGCUGGACAACCUGCAGUGCCUGUACUGCGAGAAGACCUUCCGGGACAAGAACACACUGCGAGAUCACAUGAGGAAGAAGCAGCAUCGCAGGAUCAACCCCAGGAACAGGGAAUACGACCAGUUUUACGUCAUCAACUACUUGGAACUUGGAAAGUCAUGGGAAGAGGUUCAGCUGGAAGACGACCGGGAGCUGUUGGAUCAUCAGGAAGAGGACUGGUCGGGCUGGGAGGAGCUCCCCGUGUCCACCGUCUGUCUGUUCUGUGACACGCGGGCGGAGGCCAUCGAGAAGCUGUGUGCGCACAUGGAGGAGGCGCACGAAUUUGAUCUGCCCAAAAUAAAGUCAGAACUUGGGCUGAACUUCUACCAGCAAGUGAAGCUGGUCAACUUCAUCCGGCGGCAGGUCCACCAGAGCAGGUGCUACGGCUGCCGCGCCAAGUUCGCGUCCAGGGCCGCCCUCCGGGCCCACCUGGAGGACGCCGGCCACGCCUCCCUGCUGCCCGCCAUGGACGCGUGGGACCAGCCCCAGUACUAUUUUCCAACCUACGAAAAUGACAGCCUACUGUGCACCCUGUCUGACAGCGAAAGUGACCUGGCGGCCCGGGAGCCGAGCGGAGACAUCGCCAUCAUCAGUGAGGACACGUCCCAGCUCCACGCCCUGAAGCAAAGCAGUGUCUUGAACCAGCUGCUGCGACAGGAGGGCUUGAGGAGCUAGAGGGGCCGGCCACGCAGCAGUUCUGCGCGUUUGCUCCGUCACGAGGCAGACACGGCAGGGGUGCGUGGGGACACAG